AUGCCUUUUCCAGCAACUCCAUCACCGUUCCGCCUCUCCCGUCAAAACCCAUCGACGCGCCGCAAUGGCCCCCAGUUUGCCCCGACACCUCGGUUUUUGCUAUCACAGAGUGCAACACAGAAGGCGGAUGAUGACCUCGACGUGAUAGACGAUGAUGGACCAUCUUCAACGCGUCAAGUCACGCGUGACCCGCUAGCCUCACAUAGUACCACUCGCCCGCACCAGCCCGACGUCAUCGAGGAUUCUGACGAUGUCGACAUUACAAGACAUACUGGGACCAGAGCGAGAAAUGCCAAUGAGCUACUAGAUGAUGCCAUUGAUAGCACUCCUCCGGAAGAGCCGGAGACACCGGGCAUCCUGGAUGCUGAGUACGACGCGCUGUUUGCGACAACCAGAGAGGGCAACAAAAGGCGUCGUGUCGAUGCCAGCACGCCGUCGGCAUUAACGCAACUGGAUCCAAUACCUUCAUCGCCCCCCGACGCGGCAGAUGCUCUGGCUGGCGACAUCGAUGUACUGGACAGUGGCACGCAAAGAACCCCAGCGCCUAAAACACACCAGUUCGCGCUACCCAUCUCAACUCCAGAUGUGAGAACGAGAACACCGUUCCGCGGCCGUCCUCGCUUCAUGCUUUCCUCAGCGGCAAAGCCUCCUAGCAGCCAAUCCGCGCCCAAAUUCAAGCAAGCCACACCAGGCAUAUCGCCGCCCGAGAGGAGGAAACCAGUAUUUGUUCUGCCUCGCUCGCCGUCUCCAAAGCCGGACGCAGAAGAUAUACCUGCGCCAUUUUCUCCCUCCGCGCGCACUCUGCAUCGUCGUGGUCGGAAUCGGUCCGGUGCUAGUUAUGUUCCCGGUGGAAUGGCUGCUGAGGUGCGCGGCUGGGUUUUGGAAAUGGGGGCGAAGCAUGAACAGGUGCCCAGGCCUCUAUUACCUCAAGGCCCCGAGACGAAGGUGGCCGGUGCCUCGCUGGAAAGGUUAGCGAAGUAUUUCCUGGCAGCGCGUGUGGUCCAGGUCAGUCAGUCGGCUCUUAGUGGCUGUGGCUGUGUCGCGUUUCUCCGGGCCGAAGUCGUUACUGGGAACAGUGUGCAGGGGCAGGAUUCUGAUCCUGCUGUGAACAUUAUGAUUAUGGGGCCUUCGCGCGCUGACUCUGCCGUGACACCCCAAAUACGGCGUGGGGACCUAGUUGGUAUUUACAGAGGGCUUAACUGGAGCUUGGAGCUUGGCACAGACUAUGGUGAACCUGUGAUACCUGGGCGGAUAUAUGGCGACGCCUCGAGGUGUGAUCCUACCGAACAGGGUGGACACGGAGAGACGAAAGAGGUCUGGCUCGUAGCCAUGGAAUGGGAUCUCGUGGAAACAGCUGAUUGA